AAAAUCACCAGUUAUCAUUCAUCUCUCUGUGUUGUUGGUGGUGGUACUGGUGACACGACGUGUUUAAGUAAUAAUUGUUAUUUCGGAAAGGUGGGCGAGGUGAGUGAGUGAGUAGAUUAUUGGGGGUGUUGUCAGGAAGAUGCAAGUUUCCGUAAUUUCCGUGCCGUCACUACUUGUGACGUUUGUCGUCGUGUCGGCUAAUUAUGUCGUGUACGCCAAGGAGAGUGAGAUUUUCUCCUCUAUUGCCGAAUUGGAACGUUUGUACAGGAAUGAGGCGGCCGUGGUGAAGCAGUUGGAUGAGUAUGCGUCAGUUCUGGCGAGGAAUUUGCAUGUUAUUAAAAAGUACAUUGAAGAUUUUAAUAAAAUUCCCUCGUUCGAUGAAGAGACGGCAGCCGAAGUGGUGGCAAAUCCCUUUACAGCGUUCCACAUUCUGAAACGAACCGUGGUCGACUGGGAGGUUGUUGCAGAUACGAUUAAAAAUCAUACCAAAGCUGCCGACGUACUUGAUGAAGUGAUGCAAAAGGGGGACAAGAUGCCCACGUUUGAUGAUUUCAUUGGAGGUUCCAUGGCCCUCGUUGGUCUUCAGGAUACGUAUGGCUUGAACUUAUCCGAAGUGAUAUAUGGCACCUUGGGGUCAGAAUCAGUGCCACAAAGUCCAUACGAACUUUCAGCCCGAGAUUUACUAUUCCUGGGCAAGGCUGCAUUCAACAAGGGAUUGUACGACCGGAGCAUAAGUUGGUUGGAAAUGGCCCUGUCUCGUUCGGAAGAGGAAAGUCAGAGCGUCAGCUUCUUUUCGCCCACAGCCACCAGGGAAGAAAUUCUACCGUUUUUAGAGACCACGAAGCGUGUGCAUGACGACGUGCUGGACAAGCGUGGGCCGACUGGAGAAAAUUGGCAAACUUUUCUAAAACCUGUCGAUCAGAAGCUGGCUAAGCAAAAGAAAUACUUGUCUGUCAAAAAGUACAAGCCAAAAUUAUACACGCCACUUAAUGGGGCUGAAGAAAAUGAAAAUUAUAAGGCUCUUUGUCGCGGAAUCAGACUGCGGAGUCCAAAACUAGACGCGCCACUCCGAUGUCGCUACGUCGCACGUCCCCUGACGCGAUCAUUUAUUGGACCUUUUCAAAUAGAAGAACAUGCAAUUGAGCCCUACAUCGUCACAAUAAAUGAUUUCAUGAAUGAGGAUGAAAUGAAAAGUUUCCGAGACACGGCAAGCUCCCGACUAAAACGAAGUCUUCAUCAGGGACGAGACGGUCAAUACGUGGCGACUGACAUUAGAACAAGCAAGCAAGCAUGGCUGACUCAAGAAGACGGAUCUUUCGUGGACACGAUAAGCCGACGAAUCAGUGAUGCCACGGGAUUGGAAAUAUUUCCAGAAAAUUUGGCCGCAGAGAUUUUUCAAGUUGCGAAUUACGGGAUGGCGGGACGCUACACGGCACACACGGAUUAUCUCACGGGGGAGGAUCACAUAAGAAAUCCGCUAGAAAUUAGACGUGGAAAUCGAAUCGCAACGUUUAUGGUUUAUCUCGAAAAUGUGGGGGCUGGUGGCUCCACGGUGUUUCCAUACAUCGGGGUACAAGUUAAGCCAAAAAAGGGGACGGCAGUAUUUUGGUGGAAUUUAAAACGGGACGGAAGUGGCGACCCACUCACAAGACACGCUGGUUGUAGCGUGCUCUACGGCAGCAAGUGGAUUACAAACAAGUGGGUUCGAUACAAUGCCCAAUUUCAGAGAGCGUUAUGCAUCCCCGAGCCGGAGGAUAAUCGAUCUGCGUCAUUUCGACAAUUGUAACACAAGCGGAACACGAAUCACAUCGCAUUACUUGAGUCGUUAUGAAAUCAAAAGUCAUUAUAUUUCCUCUUAAAUCAAACCUGAUUGAGGAUUAUUUUGUUAUUUGUGAUACUUUAUUUGUGUAGUCAUAUUUUUCUAUGCAGCAACUUCUUCAUCUUCAAAGUCUGUCAUUUAUAUUUAUUUAACGAUGCUAAAUUAUUGAAUAGUCUUGAUCAAUCAAAAAACACGCCAUAAUUUGUAAUACAGAGUUUUACAUAAAGGAAGCCUUUCAAUUUGAAAAAUAGGCUUGUUAAGUAAGUAAUUGGCUUCCUAUUUUACUCAAAUAUGUAAGAUCUCUAUAUGCAUCAAUCAAACUUGUGUCUUUUGAUGUGAUCAAUCAAAUUUAAUAAGGUUUGAUUUACCAUCAAAUAAAAUUAGUCAAGAAAAACAUGAA